GAUAGCAUAAAAUCAAUGCCCAGCGUUGACAGACAGACAGACACACACACACACAAACAAAAACCAUGAAUUCCGAUUCCGACUCCGAUCCUCUUCCUACGACGGACGACACGGCGGCGAUUCUAAUCCCCGGCCUCCCAAACGACGUCGCAGCCUCGAUCCUCUCUCGUGUUCCCUAUUCCCACCACGCUCGCCUCAAAUCCACGUGCAAGGCAUGGAAAACGGUGCUCUCAUCGAACCAUUUUCUCCACUCCCUCAAACGCAACCACCUCCUCUGCAUCUUCCCGCAAGACCCUUCCACCGCCACCUCCUACCUCUUCGACCCGUCCGAGGUCGCGUGGUGCCCCCUCCCUCCCAUGCCCUGCAACCCCAAUGUCUACGGCAGAUGCAACUUCGCCGCCGUGGCCUUCGGCGCACACAUCUACAUCCUCGGCGGUUCGCUUUUCGACGCGCGCUCUUUCCCCAUUAACCGCCCCUCCGCUUCGUCGUCCACUUUCCGGUUCAAUUUCUGUGACUUUUCAUGGGAGCACCGUGCGCCUAUGCUCUCGCCGCGUGGAAGCUUCGCCUGCGCGGCGCUUCCGUCGACCGGGCAUAUUCUCGUUGCCGGUGGUGGGUCCCGCCAUGUUAUUUUCGGUGCUGCCGGGUCGCGUAUCCGGUUUGCGGAGCGGUAUGAUGUGGAGAGGGACUGCUGGGUUGCGGUGGAUUCUCUGCCGGACUUUCGGGCGGGGUGUGUUGGGUUUGUGGGUGGGGAUGGGAGGGAGUUUUGGGUGGUUGGUGGGUACAGUGCGUCGAGGACGGUUUCCGGGGUGUUUCCAGUGGAUGAGUAUUGUAGGGAUGCUGUGGUGAUGGGGUUGGAGGAUGGGGCGUGGAGGGAGGUUGGAGAUAUGUGGGGUGAUGGUGAAAGGAUUAGGGCUGGGAAGAUUGUUGUGGUUGAUGAUCAUGGCUGCCCCGCGGUUUUCAUGCUUGAAAUGAAUGAGAUUUUGAGAUAUGACAUGUCUUCAAAUCGAUGGCUAUUCGAAUCUCGCGUGCCAAGAAGAGCUCCUCACAGUUCGCCAUUUGGUUUUGUUGCAGUCGAGCAUGAGCUGUAUAUAUUGACACACUCAUACGAUGAUGAUUACUUUAGAACACGAAGGUCCAGAAACUCUAAGAGGACUGGCACCAUGAUUUUUCAAAUCUAUAACCCGAAGAAGAAGACAUGGAGAACUCUUGUCACAAAAUCACCUUUCACAUACCCUGUAGAUAUUAAGAAUUCCGUAUUGAGCUCAAUCUGUCUAUGAACUAUGGGCCAUCACAUUUGAAUAGUAUAGGAAUCUCUGCCAAAUAUCAUUAGACCACCAGGUUCCAUACAGGUUGCUUAUUUGUAUAUUUCUGUAUCUAGUACUUAAGUCAUUGAACUGCGUAUAGCACAUUCUAUACUAGCUGAUACCAUCUGAAUUGGCCAAUUGAUCAGCUAUUACUAAGGUGUAGUUAACAUUGAAGUACUGAAUAUUUGCAAUGGAUAAACUAUAAAGUAAUGAAUGUAAAAAUUGUUGCUUGAUUUCAUUUUA